AUGUUGAGAUAAGUUUUAAGAUUUAGCAAAUAAUUAGUUUUAAGUGCUCCUAAGCUCUAAUUCAGACCAGUCUACUUUUUCUAAGAUAAUUAAGACAGAUCUAGAGUUGAAACUAAUUCUGCAACUUGGGCUCACAACCUUCCCAAGGAAAACAAAUUCAAUACAGAAACUCUUGAGAAAUAAGAAGUUGAAUCUAGAAUCUUGAAGGUUUUGUCUAAUUUUGAAUAAGUUAAUUUGAAAAACCUUAGAUGGGAAUAAAAUUUCAAGAAAUUAGGUUUGGACAGCUUAGACCAAACUGCUUUAUUAGCUUCUAUUGAACACGAAUUCACUAUCCUCUUCCCUGAUGGUGUAUUUGAAGGAUUUGAAAAUUUAGAAUAAGUUGUUAAUUACAUUCUUAAGAAUAUUAACGCUGUUUGA